AUGACGGUGGAUUUUGAAGACUGCAUCAAGGAUUCCCCCCACUUUCGGGCUAACAUUGAUGAAGUGGAGACAGAUGUUGUGGAGAUUGAAGCCAAGCUUGACAAGCUGGUCAAACUGUGCAGUGGGAUGAUCGAGGCAGGAAAAGCCUACGUCAGCGCCAACAAACUGUUCGUCUCCGGCAUCAGAGACCUGUCGCAACAGUGCCACAAGGAGCCCAUGAUCUCGGAGUGUCUGGAAAAGUGCGGGGAGAGCCUCCAAGAAAUCAUCAACUACCACAUGAUUCUGUUUGACCAGGCCCAGCGCUCCAUCAAACAGCAGCUGCACAACUUCAUAAAAGAUGACGUGCGCAAGUUUAAAGAAACAAAGAAGCAUUUUGACCGAGUGCGCGAGGACAUGGAGAUCGCACAGGUGAAGAACGCUCAGGCUCCAAGGACCAAACCUCACGAGGUGGAGGAGGCCAGCAGCGCCCUGAACAUCAGCCGCAAGUGCUUCAGACACCUGGCCCUGGACUACGUGCUGCAGAUAAAUGUCCUCCAGGCAAAGAAGAAAUUUGAAAUCCUAGAUGCAAUGUUGUCAUUUAUGAACGCUCAGUAUUCACUCUUCCAUCAAGGCUACAACCUGCUGGACGAGAUCGAUCCGUACAUGAAGAAGCUAGCCGCGGAGUUGGAUCAGCUAGUGAUUGAUUCGGCCAUGGAGAAGAGGGAAAUGGAGCAUAAACACGCCACCAUUCAGCAGAGGACCCUCUUACAGGAUUUUUCAUAUGACGACUCAAAGGUGGAGUUUAACGUGGACGCGCCGAAUGGAGUGGUGAUGGAGGGAUAUCUGUUUAAAAGAGCCAGCAACGCAUUCAAAACAUGGAACAGGCGCUGGUUUUCCAUUCAGAACAGUCAGCUGGUCUAUCAGAAGAAGCUCAAGGACUCUCUGACGGUGGUGGUGGAGGAUCUGCGUCUCUGCUCCGUCAAACCGUAUGAAGACAUCGAGAGGAGGUUCUGCUUUGAGGUCGUCUCUCCCUUCAAGAGCUGCAUGCUUCAGGCUGAAUCAGAGAAGCACAGACAGGCCUGGAUUCAGGCCGUCCAGGCCAGUAUCGCCUCAGCCUACAGAGAGAGUCCAGACACAUAUUAUAUUGAGCAUUUGGACAGAACGGCCUCCCCGUCCACCAGCAGUAUCGACUCUGCCUCUGAGCCACGUGAGCGCAGUGUGCGAGGUGAGUCCAUCCUGCAGAGGAUCCUGGGACUUCAGGGCAACGAGCUGUGCUGUGACUGUGGACAGACGGAGCCGCGCUGGGCCUCCAUCAACCUGGGCAUCCUGCUGUGCAUCGAGUGCUCCGGCAUCCACAGGAGUUUAGGGGUCCACUGUUCGAAGGUGCGCUCGCUCACGCUAGACUCCUGGGAACCAGAAUUAUUAAAGCUCAUGUGUGAACUCGGGAACAGCGUCAUCAACCACAUUUAUGAAGGAUCGUACCAAGAGAAGGGGCUGAAGAAACCAACGCCCACCAGCUCCAGGCAGGAGAAGGAGGCCUGGAUCAGAGCCAAGUACGUGGAGAAGCGUUUCCUGAAGCGUAUGGGUUCUCCAGAUCUGGUCCUGAACGGAGAGAGGAGACCAGAGCGACGCUGGAGCGUGAAGAAGUGCAGACGGCACCACAGCGCCACCACUGCCCCUAAAGGCCGCAGGAGGUAUCUGCAGGAGCCCGGGAGCACGUCCCCCUCCACACUGUCCGCAGCUGCAGCAAAGUUCAGAAGAGAAUCGCUGUUUUGUCCUGAUGAGCUGGACUCACUGUUCUCCUACUUCGACACAGGAUCAGGGCCUCGAAGCCUCAGCAGUGACAGUGGACUCGGAGGCAGCACAGAUGGAAGCUCAGACGUCCUAGUGUUUGGAUCAGUGGUCGACAGUGUCACCGAGGAAGAGUGUGAGGUGUCUGAAGACUCCAGCGUGGAGGCCGAGAGCUCCGACACAGAGGAGCUGACAUCUCUGCACCCUGGGGCCCUGCUCUUCAAAGCCUCCAGGGCCAGGAACCUCCCGGUGAUGGCCGAAGCACUGGCCCACGGAGCGGACGUCAACCUGUCCAGUGAGGAGGAGGAAGGGAAGACGCCGCUCAUACAAUCUGUGAUCGGGGGUUCGUUGGUCGCCUGUGAAUUCUUGUUACAAAACGCAGCCGACGUGAAUCAAAAAGACUCGCGGGGGAGAGGCCCGCUGCAUCACGCCACUUACAUGGGUCACACGGGGCAGGUGUGUUUGUUCCUGAAAAGAGGAGCGACUCAGAACAAUGAAGACGAUGAUGGACUGGAUCCUCUGAGCAUCGCGGUGCAGCAGGCCAACGCCGAUAUAGUCACACUGCUUCGUCUGUCGCGGAUGAACGACGAGAUGCGGGAGGCAGAGGGUCCGCUCGGGCAGCCAGGAGAUGCUACGUACGUUGACAUCUUCCGAGAAUUCUCCCACAUGGCGUCACACAACCCAGAGAAGCUGAAGCGGAGGAGUGUGCACUUUCGACACUCCUUCAGGUAG